AUGACGAUGCCGCUCAGCCCCCUCUCCAGUGACGAGGAGCAGCAAAGGAUGCUGGGAAACAAUAGACAUCUAUAUCCUGGGGCAGAGGACGAGGAAGAGGAGGAAGAUGAAGAAGAGGAGGGUGAGGAAGAUGACCGUGAUGAGGAGGGAGAAGAUGGGGAGAAUGGAGAGCUGGAGGGAGAAGAGGAGGAAGAGGAAGUGGAGGAAGUCAGGCGAGGAGGAGGCAUGUCACGAGGAGGCAGGGAUGAGGGGCACAGGCAAUUAGGCAAAAUGGCUGGACGACCCACAGGAGACAGACAGAUACGACCCGGCAACAUCGGGCACACAGUAAACCCUUAUUCGUCCAACCAUGGACCCACCCAUCAACAGCCGGCCAAUCAGCAGCAGCAGCAGAAGAGGCUGAGAGAGCAUAGCUCCAGCAGGGCGCCGUCAGAGGACGCCCACAUCGCCAUGAUGGUGUUCCGCAUCGGCAUCCCCGACAUCAAACAGACGAAGUGUUUGCGGUUCAACCCGGAUGCGACCGUUUGGAAGGCCAAGCAGCAGGUGCUAUGUUCUCUGACCGAUUCGUUGCGGGACGUGUUGAACUACGGCUUGUUCCAACCAGCCACCGAAGGCCAUGACGCCAAGUUCCUGGAGGAGGAGAAGAUGCUGAGAGAGUACCCACAAUCCUUUGAGAAGGGGGUACCAUAUCUGGAGUUUCGUUACAAGACCAGAGUGUACAAACAGACCAAUCUAGAUGAGAAACAGCUGGCUAAACUGCACACUAAGGCCAGUCUGAAGAAGUUCAUGGACUACAUCCAAAGUGGCUCUGUGGACAAGAUGGCCAAGUUCUUGGACAAAGGGCUUGACCCCAACUACCAGGACCCUGACACGGGAGAAACCCCCCUGACGUUGGCGGUGCAGUGUGAGCCGGGGGGAGGGGAGGCCAUACGGGGGCUGGUGCUGGGAGGGGCUCAUCUUGAUUUCAGGUCCAAGGACGGACUCACACCUCUACACAAGGCUGUCCGCAGCCACUGCCACACAGCCUUGCUGACCUUGCUGUCUCUGGGUGCGUCUCCGGACUAUAAGGACCGGCGGGGGCUGACUCCGCUCUACCACACUGUGCUGACAGGGGGAGACACCUCCUGCUGUGAGACCCUGCUCCACCACCGCGCCAAGCUGGCCGUCAGGGACGAGAACGGCUGGGAUGAGACACACCAGGCCUGUCAGAAUGGCAACGCCCAGCAUCUGGAGCACCUUCUUUUUUACGGGGCAGACUCCACUUCCCAGAAUGCCUCAGGAAACACUGCCUUGCACGUUUGUGCUUUAUACAACAAGGACAGCUGUGCACGAAUUCUACUUUACAGGGGAGCCAAUAAAGACACAAAGAAUAACAGUGGGCAGAACCCAUUUCAGGUGGCUGUCAUGUCCGGACAUUUUGAGCUAGGAGAGAUUAUCAAAAACCACCGGGACACAUAUGUAGUACCUUUUCUUGAGUCUCCCAAAUACGCCCCUCAGAGGCGAGAGAGUGCGCCGCGCACCCUGGCGCUGCCACACCCUCACCCCUUCCUGCGUGCCAACAGUGAUAACAGUAUGAACCUGCCUGACUGGAUGGCACUGCCCAAUACACCAGGCUCCAACAUUGUGUCUGUACAGGGCUAUAAGCAUUCAGGUACCAUGCGUAGCUCCAGUAGUCCCCGUGGGGCGCGGACUCGCUCCCCGUCCCGAGGGAGAGCAGGGGAUAAGGAGGACAGGAGUCGGCAGAGUCGGAGGGCGGGGUCUGUCAGCAGCAAUACGGUUAUGGCUGCAGGGGGCCAGCGGAGGCGUCUCUACAGCGCCGUCCCAGGACGUGUGUUUGUGGCCACGCGUUCCCACUCCGCCCAGGGAGACAGAGAGAUUAGCAUCAGCAAGGGAGACAAAGUCAAAGUUCUGAGUGUGGGCGAGGGAGGCUUCUGGGAGGGCACGGUUAAGGGACGGACCGGCUGGUUCCCCUCAGACUGUGUAGAGGAAGUGGCAGUCCGUAGCCAGGACAACCGCUCAGAGAGCCGCAGUGAGAAAGCCAAGAGACUGUUUCGUCAUUACACCGUGGGCUCCUACGACAGCUUCGACGCUCCCAGUGACUACAUCAUCAAGGAGAAGACAGUGCUUCUGCAGAAAAAAGACAGUGAGGGUUUUGGCUUUGUGCUGAGAGGAGCCAAGGCUCAGACCCCCAUCGAGGAGUUCACUCCCACCCCAGCCUUCCCAGCACUGCAGUACCUGGAGUCUGUCGACGAAGGAGGCGUGGCCUGGAGAGCCGGUCUGAGAAUGGGAGACUUCCUCAUUGAGGUGAAUGGUCAGAAUGUGGUGAAGGUGGGACACAGGCAGGUGGUCAACAUGAUCAGGCAAGGUGGAAACGCCCUCAUGGUCAAGGUUGUCAUGGUAACACGCAACCCUGACAUGGAGGAUGGCCAGAGAAAGAAAAUCCCCCAGCAGAGUAAAAGACUAAGCACUCCGGCCAUCGCUCUCCGCUCCAAAUCCAUGACCUCAGAACUGGAGGAGAUGGAAUUCGAGUCUUCACAAGUUACAGAGAAGAAGAGGACAGUCUAUCAGAUGGCUUUGAAUAAGCUAGAUGAGAUCCUGGCAGCAGCUCAGCAGACAAUCAGCACCAAUGAGGGGCAAGGGACGCGGGGUCAGGGGGCAAGGAGAGACAGGAGCCGGGGCUCCUUUUACGCCAAUGAGCCAAAUUACGACCAAUCAGAAAUGGGGAUGACAGGGCUGGGCUAUGACCGCGCCCAGUUCACAUCAGGCCACGCCCCUCCACACGGUAUGCUGCGACAGAAAUCCAUCGGGGUGACUGAAGAGGAGAAGUCCCAUCUCAAUCCUCCGGCCAUGAAGUUUGCCCGAAGUCUCUCGGUUCCCGGCCCAGAUGACAUCCCCCCGCCCCCCACCACCGCCCCGCCAGACCCCCCCUUCUCCUCCGCCCCACCCCUGGGCUGGAGAGGGGGCAAGUCUUCCCAGCAGCCCUCGGUGGCCGUGUCCCAGUCCACUUCCACGGCAGCCCAUUACCAGCUCUACUCUCAGUCUGUGCACUUCACCCACGGGGGCCGCGAAAGGGCAGGGGGGUCCAGUACCGGCGCUGGAGGAGGAGGGGUGGACCACACGCACCAGUACUCUAAUGCCCCCGCCCACUCCGCUCAGAGCAGGACUGCCUCUAGGAAAGGGGGCUACCCAGGGGAGCCUGUUGGAUCAGGAGGGGGAGGAGGAGUGGGGGGGGGCAAGGCUGCAGGUCUAAGGAGGGGCUACAGUAACGCCGCCCCACCUUCAGGCAGUGCCACAGUGAUGCCCCAGCAGCAACAGACCACCCAGAGCCAGCAGCAGAGGGCAGACCGCAGUGCGGCUGGGGGGGCUGGAGAGGGGGUACCUAAAGGAGGGGGGGCGCGGAGAGGGAAGGGCCCUCUGGUGAAGCAGUCCAAGGUGGAGGACCUGCGGGCUGGCCAGGGCACGCUGGGGGGCAAGGCCCCAGUGGAGAAGAGCUCCAUCCCCAUCCCCACCAUCAUAGUCAAGGCCCCCUCCAUCAGCAGUGGCAGUGGCCGCAGCAGCCAGGGCAGCAGUGUGGAGGCUGAGCCCACCCCAACAGGGGAGACUGACAGAACCCAACCCCUCCACGGACCCCCUUCCACCCCAGCCCCGCAACCCCCUGCUCCCCCCUCCAUUCCGGCCCCUCCACCGCCCUCCCUCCGAGGCCAGGAUAGUGACUUCACCAGCCAGUUUGGGGCGGCCAUCGUGGGCGCAGCCCGCCGGGACAGGGAACGCUUCCAUGAGGCCCGCAGGAAGAGCGCCUCCAUCUUCAUGUCUGCCGAGGAGGAGGUGGGGCCAGGGGGAGAAGGAGGAGGAGUGGCAGGCAGGACUCAGGCCUCCCAGCAGCAGCAGUUCAACCCCCAGCCCGGUGGCCCCUCCCCACGCCUCCGGCCCUCCAAGUCCAUUGACGAGGGCAUGUUCUCUGGGGACACCUUCAUCCACCACACCCGCAGCAUGCCCCCUGCCUUCGGCCUGCCAGAGUACUCCUCCCCGGCUCCAGACUACCAGCCCAAGUCUGUUCCGGCUGACUUCUACGGGUCGUCAAGCCGGCAACAGCAGCAGGUCCCCUCUGGCACCACCUUCAUCCACCCCCUGACAGGAAAGGUCCUGGACCCCUCGUCACCCCUGGGCCUGGCCCUGGCUGCCAGGGAGCGGGCCCUGAAGGACGACGGCAGGAUGAGGAGGGAGAGAGGGACCGAGCACCAGUUUGUACGACAGAUGUCCAGUGUGGUGGCAUUCCCCUCCCAGGCCACCUCCCCCACGCCGGCUUCCUCAGCCACCCAUUCCUCCAGCUCCUCCUACCUGGUCACCUCCUCCUCCCUAGCCGCCACCACCUCCUCCACCGGCCGACCCCCCUCCCCCAGGAUCCUCAGGGGUGCAGGCUGGGGCGAGGAGGGGGGAGGAGGGGAGCGGGAAAGGGAGGGCGGCGGGGCCAGAGAGGGGCUGAGGCCUCGCCAGGCCUCUUUUCUGAGGAUGGAGAGUGAGGCAGGCUACAUCCUGUCUCUCACCCCUCCAUCUCCCCCCGCUACAGCCGCCCCGUCUCACCCUCAGGGGGGAGGGGGUUCCGGGGGCAGUGGCCUCAUGGUUCUGCCGCCCCCUGCCCCCUCGGUGGAUGUGGAUGAUGAGUUUGUGUUUGCGGACCCACUGCCCCCUCCGCUGGAGUUUGCCAACAGCUUUGACCGGGGUGGAAUGUCAGGUUACACACACCGCGCCAUUAUCAACAACCUGGCCUCCCGCCAGCAGCAGCCCCCACCGCCUCCCCCUCCUCCCCCACCACCCCCCCCAAAAGACAUGUUUAUCAGUGGGUUCCCGGCCCACACCUCCCUACCCUCCCCACAGGCGGGGGACUCCACCACCUCCAGCCUUACCUCCUAUGACAGUGAGGUUGCCAACCUGACCCAGUCAGGAAACUCCCCCACUCAGACAUCACCCAACCCCCUUCCUCCACCCUCACCCUCCAGCCUCCAGCCCACAGGACCCCCGCCUCCCUCCUCUGUCUCCCCCCCACCCCCACCCAGCUCCUUUCACAGACCCUCCCUUGCCAUGACCCACUCUCACCACCUCUACAACAGCACGCACACCGGGCGCUCCUCCCCUUCCCAUGGGCGUUCCUCCCCCACUCCUCCCCCCCAAGGUCGCUUCUCCCCCACCCAGGGUCGCUCCUCUCCCACCCAGGGUCGCUCCUCCCCCAACCAGGGUCGCCCCUCCACCAUCCAUAGGAGCUCAUCCCCCACCCCUCCUCCCCACUCCAUUGCAGGGCCCCCAUCUUACCGUGGUCCCCCUCCCAUCUCCUCCACCGCAGCCUCCUCUGGCCCCUUCCGGGGCUCUGCAGCCCUGACCUCCACCGCUCCCUGUACCACCACCACCACCACCACCACCGCUGCCACCACCACGAGGACCUCAGUCCAGCCCCACCAGGACAGGAUACACCCAGCCCCCUCUGGUUCUACAGCGGCCGGCCGCAGGAUAGGGGAGCACCACCCUCACCCCACAGCCAAGACAGGUGAGUCCCAGGAGACGGUGGUGGACUCUGGGAUAGAGGAGCUGGACAGCCGCAGCAGCAGUGACCACCACCUGGACAACAUCCUGGCCAUGAGCGGAGGAGCCAGAGAGAGGCUGGAAGAGAGGCUGGAGAGAGGGAGGGAGGGAGGAGGGGAGGGAGACAGGGCGGGAGGAGCAGACCUCCUGGAGUCGUACAUGAGCUACCUGGACGGACAGACGUUUGAAUGCACAACGCCACGGCCGCCGUAUCCACCUACCCCAAAUCAGGCAGAGGGUCAGUUAGUAGGGGACCAGGGGACCUACCUGGAGGGCCGGAGGCUGUACCCCCCCAUGUCCAGCAUGAAGGCCAGCAUCAUCAAUGAGCUCAGCAACAAACUGCAGCAGAGAGGGAGCCAGAGAUCGCUAAGUAGACACAGGUUUUCAGAAGACUCCGCCUCGGCCCUGAGUCCCCCCUCAGUUCGUUCCCUGUCCCCCUCCCCUAUCCACCACUCCCAGCCCGCCCUGUCCCUGUCCCCCACCCCUUCCUCCCAGUACCCCAACUGGAACCGUCCUCCGUCCCCCCAGCCCCCUGUGGCUGCCGUACAGCCCCCUCCACGCUCCCACUCCCCCCUGUCCUCCCCCACCUACUCCCCUUAUCCCACCUCCCCUAAACACCGGCCUGUGUAUCGGACCAAAGCCCUGGAGUUCCAGUUCAUUCCAAGUAGAGAGUCUAGGAAGGCAGAGUCCCACCACCUGCAGCGUAGGAGAGCUCCCAGUCCCCUCAUCUCCCCCUCAGAGAGGCCCAAACUGGGUCCACCCCGCCCCUCCUCCCUCCCCCUCCUCCCCACCACACCCCUCUACAGCAGCCUCUACGAGCUCCGUGGCUCUAUGACCCCGCCCUCGCCCGCUAACCACAUGGGGGACCCCUACUUCUCCCCCUCCCCUCCUCUCUUCGCCCCCUCUGGCGCCCCUCCUCCCCCAAACGCCUCCCUGUUGGUGUCUCGCUCGCUCUCCCCCACCCACUUUUUAUCUGGUAGCUCAUCCCCUCCCCUGCACCCUCUCCCCGCUCCCCCCUGCCUGAGCUACCCCCACCUCCCUCCCCCGUCCCCCUCCAAGCCCUUUGCCUCCAAGCCACUGCCUUAUUGGACCAAAUACGACGUGGCUGAUUGGCUGGGAUACCUGAACCUGGGCGAGCACAGGGAGCAUUUCCUGGACAACGAGAUCGACGGCACUCACCUGCCCUCCCUCACCAAGGAGGACUAUCUGGACCUGGGGGUGACGCGCGUCGGACACCGCAUGAACAUCGAACGUGCUCUGAAGAGAGUGACUGACAGGUAA